GCAUGACACUGCGGACUUUGCCGAGAAGGAAAAGCGACAAGGUUUUCCUACUCAAUAAAAUUUUUAAAAUUUUAUUGUCACUCGUUAGUAAUUGAAGCAGCAAAGAAGCAAUAAAUUAAUAUUGCGUCAUUGAGUAAAUAAGCAAAAGAAUGGGUCAAAACCAAUCGGGUGCCGGAGGAGGUGGAGCUGGGGGUGACAAGAAAGAAGACAAAGAUAGAAAGAAGAAGUAUGAACCUCCCAUUCCAACCCGAGUUGGCAAGAAAAGGAAGAAGGUCAAGGGACCAGAAGCUGCAACAAAGCUUCCUCAAGUUACCCCACAUACAAGAUGCCGCCUAAAGUUGCUCAAAAUGGAGAGAAUAAAAGAUUACUUGUUGAUGGAGGAAGAGUUCAUUCGUAAUCAAGAGAGACUCAAACCCCAAGAGGAGCGUAAUGAAGAAGAGAGGUCUAAGGUGGAUGAUCUGAGAGGAACACCCAUGUCUGUGGGCACCUUAGAAGAAAUUAUUGACGAUACCCAUGCUAUCGUCUCUACGUCAGUUGGCAGCGAACAUUACGUCAGCAUUCUCUCGUUCGUGGACAAAGACCAGUUGGAGCCUGGUUGUUCAGUGUUACUGAACCACAAAGUCCAUGCCAUUGUCGGUGUUCUCAGUGACGACACGGAUCCUAUGGUAACUGUAAUGAAGCUGGAGAAAGCUCCUCAAGAAACGUAUGCGGACAUUGGUGGACUUGACACCCAGAUCCAAGAAAUUAAGGAAUCUGUUGAACUACCUCUGACCCAUCCGGAGUAUUAUGAGGAAAUGGGAAUCAAGCCCCCCAAGGGAGUCAUUCUUUAUGGUGCCCCCGGUACCGGCAAGACAUUGUUGGCUAAAGCAGUUGCCAACCAAACUUCAGCUACUUUCUUGCGAGUUGUCGGCUCUGAGUUGAUCCAAAAAUACCUCGGCGAUGGUCCCAAGUUGGUUCGAGAACUCUUCCGAGUUGCCGAAGAACACUCCCCUUCGAUCGUCUUCAUCGACGAAAUUGACGCCAUCGGUACUAAACGUUACGACUCGAAUUCUGGUGGUGAACGCGAGAUCCAGCGUACCAUGUUGGAGCUAUUGAACCAGUUAGAUGGUUUCGAUUCCCGAGGUGACGUCAAGGUCGUCAUGGCAACCAACCGAAUUGAAACUCUGGAUCCCGCUCUCAUCCGUCCUGGCCGUAUCGACCGAAAAAUAGAAUUCCCCUUGCCCGAUGAGAAAACUAAGAGACGCAUCUUCCAGAUCCACACUGGUCGCAUGACGUUAGCCGAAGAUGUCAACUUGGAAGAUUUGAUCAUGUCCAAGGACGACUUGUCGGGUGCUGAUAUCAAAGCCAUUUGUACCGAAGCCGGUUUGAUGGCAUUGCGAGAGCGGAGGAUGAAAGUUACCAACGAGGACUUUAAGAAAUCGAAAGAAAAUGUUCUGUACCGCAAGAAAGAAGGCACACCAGAAGGUCUUUAUCUCUAAUUGUGACUGGAAUUUGUAUGGUAAAAGUACCACGGUUAAACUUGGAAUAAAUACGAAAAAUUUGAA